CCUAACGUUCCUACGCCAAAAAUGGCUGAGAUUGAAAAAUUUCGAGAAAAAUGGAAUUGUCGAGAUUAGAUCGGUUGUUACCACUGGGCCCUCCAUUUCAAUUUUCCCCGAUACUGUUUGUUUAGAGGAUAAUGGUUAUAAGUGUCCUAGGAAUAUUCAUAUUAAAACUAUGUCACGUGAUAUGUGCUCUUCCCUCAAGGUGAGCGAUACAAAUAAUUCGAAUAUUGUUACAGUUCGUUACGCGGAUGAGGAGGCCAUAACGUCGAAAUCACAAUGCUCGAAUCUUAAUCGCGAAUUUAUUUUAUCGAAAAAAACGCAGUCCUCGGAUACCCGCCAUAACAAUGUCGGCGUUUUCGGUAGCAAACCCUACACUAUAGCUGAAGAGGACGAAAAAGAAAUUGUUCAAUUAUUAUUUGAAGGGGAACGCAAACAAAAUCACGAAAUUAAUCUUAGAAAUGAGAUAACUUCUCCCGCCAAAUAUUCCGUAAAAAAUGGUCAUGGUUUAGACGAAUCGAUUAAAACCAAAAAGACAGUUAGUUUUUGCGCAGACGUGAGGUCUCUAGAAAUCGACGAUUAUCCAAGAGCCUCUACAACCGUUUUCCUCGAAGGAGCGAACGAAUGUCGAAAGGGCGUCGAAAAUGAACCAGAUUUAGUGGGAAUAGAUAAUGAUGACAAUAAUAACGCCCAAAAGACGCGAUUCCACGACGUGCACCGCUGCGUUUCACGCGUUUUCUCGUAUUUCGGUAUACUCACCUUUACGAGUCAGGGUGACGCGUUUAAAGGAAAAUUUCGCGACGAUUUAAAUACAGGUGGUCGGCCGAUGACCCAAGAUCUUCUCGGGGAAAUCAAAGAAAAUUAUCAGAAACUACUAAAGCUUGGUGAUAAUCGCGAAAAUCCGGAGAUAUUAGAAAUUCUCCUGAAAGAAUUAUGUCCAGAAAUCGUUAGAAUGCUAAGCAAAGCUAUCCCACCGGAAAACUCCGCUUCCUAUUUGAAUAACCUCGGAACAAAACUCUGGAAAUUUAUUAACGAUCAAAAUAUGGGUUUAAACUCCUCACCCGCGCCUAAAAUAUUUCAGAAUUUGAUAAACGCCCUUCAAAAACAUAGUUUCGACGGUGUCCCAGUUAACGCGUCGGGUAUAGAAAUUGAGAACGAGACUCACCAAUUCGCGCUCGUCAACGCUUUCAUUUGCGGAUUACUCAAUCUCCGACAUUUGGGAGUAUGGUUGCGAACGAUUGACCGAAAAAUUGGGGGAUUCUUGGAAUUAGAAGAAAGCGCGUUAGAUUUGAUAGACCUUUUACGAUACCUUCCAUUCCGUUUGUACAUCCCUUCAGUAAUUCACAUCUGUUUACGAUCAGCUGAUCAAAACAAUCUACUAGUGUCUGGAUUGGGAAAGCGAGAAAAGGUGGAUGAUUCGAACGCCACGACAACAAGUAUUAAGUAUGGCGGAAAGGAUCACUUUGAAACUGCCCUCCAGGAUUCCCGUCUUGGGUAAAGGUGGCCUCCAUUUAAAAUUAGUCAAAAGCGUUGAUUCUUACGCUAAAAAAAAUAAUAGCGACACCAUAAUAAACAAUAAAAUGGCUAGCAACAAUAUUGGGGUUGAUAACGGUAUCAAUGUGCUCCAUUCCG